ACGACUUUAAGAAAUGGGAUCGAAGAUUGCUGCAACUUUGCUUUCACUCUACUUGCUAGGAAUUGUGGAAUCAAGCCCUAGCCAUAUGAAAGAAGCCGGCACCGUCAUAGACCUGGAUUCCUACUUCGAGUCGCAUGAUGUCGACUCACAAGAACGCGUUGUGGGUGGCACAGCAGUACCUGACGGCGAGUACAUACCCUAUCAGAUAUCCAUGCAGUAUCGCACACGCAGCGGAAAAGAUCGGCAUUUCUGUGGUGGCUCGAUUAUUUCACCGAACCGUAUACUAACCGCUGCACAUUGUGUCAACGGUCAGGAUGCGAAACGCAUUUCCGUUGUGGCGGGUAUACGUGAUCUCAACGACAGCACUGGUAUACGCUCGCAAGUGUUGUCUUACGAAAUUCAUGAGAACUACGAAGAACUGGUGACCAGUGAUAUUGCUAUUCUGAAAAUUGAGCCCGCUUACGAGUUGGACGGCACUAGGGUGAACCAAAUCGAUGUGGGUGGCAGUGAUAAGGUCGAUGGUGGUCGGGAUGUCACACUCUCCGGUUGGGGUGCUAUGUGGCAUGUGGGCCAAGGUCCAUUAGCCAUAUAUCCCACGCUGCUGCAACGCAUGUCCUACAAAACGAUCACGAACGAUCAGUGCAAAAAAGUAAUGACACAGCUAAGCGACACGGAAAUCUGCGCCUUGGAGCGAUUCGGCAAGGGAGCUUGUAACGGCGACUCAGGCGGUCCAUUGGUAAUGGAAAACGGCAGCAGCUUGAAGCAGGUUGGUGUUGUUUCUUACGGCACGGCACUUUGCGCCUCCAAUAACCCAGACGUCUAUACCCGCGUAUCCAUGUUCGAUGACUGGAUCAAGGCACGCUUGGCUUGAAAGCGCACAAGAAACACGUAAAAACUCUAAACUAAGAACUUCUCUAAUGAAAAGCUGGCACAAUAAAUAGUUUUAAAUAUCAUUGAAGCAAAAAAGAAUUAAAAUAUAAAUCAGGAAUACAGUUGCCUACUUACU